AUGUCGAGCGUUUUCACUCCCGAGAUGCAGGCAAGAUUCCCCAUUGACUAUGGUGUGAGUUGCAAAGCGUGGGACAUGAAUGAUUGUGCAACCAACUAUCGGCCUGAUCAGCUCAGUACUGCGUGCUGUGCUAAUUGGUGCUAUGUGGACAAAGCAUGCUCCAGUGCAAUUCCCUCGUGGAACGAUGGUGUUGAAGGCCUUUUGUUUUGGUCAGAUGUGCAAUGCCCGGACGACAAUAUUCUUAUGUUUCAGUGUCCUUACAAGCCGGAGCCCAAUGUCUCGGCUGACACAAGGUGCGAUUGCUUGAAUACCACCGUUCCAAGCUACUGGCUAGCCUUCUAUGACCUCGAGGAAGUCCCCAACUACGGUCAGGAAUGUGCUCCACAUGACUUUGACAGUUGUCGAACAACAUUUCCAGGUGCUACACAUGAUAUGUGGUGCUGCGAGUCAUGGUGUUGGGUGAAUGAAUCCUGCCCAGCAGCCUACUCGUCCACCCUCUUUCUUGGAUAUUUCUGGACUGAUCAACACUGUCAGAAUAACGCAGAGGCAAUUUCUUCCUGUCCAUACAGUUCGGCGUGCGAAUGCCGUGGACAGUUACCCUCCGGCACCUUCAGUGGCACGAACUUUGCAGACACUUACGGCAGCUCCUGCAGCGCCUGGGAUGCCGUUGAAUGCAAGGCGGUUUGGGGAAGUGAUGCUGACAGUGGUUGGAAUGCGUCGGCCGAUCAUGAAUGGUGCUGUGAUUCCUGGUGCUACGUGAACGAAUCGUGCCCCAUUGCCAAGAAGUCCUGGCUGGAUCAUUUGGGAAUUUACUUCAGCUAUGAGACAUGUGAUGAUCCUCCGUUGGAGUAUAAUGAAGCCGACGAUACAUGUGACGCUGCUGCUCGGCGUCUUUCCGGACGCCGGCGAAGUGGCGGUUUCAGCUCUAGAUCUCGGAGAUACAGUUCCUCGUCUUCUUCGUCAUCCUCUUGGUCCUCAAGGAGGCGUUCACCUCCAGCUCCUCCCACCAGCGCCCGGCGACGCUCCUUUUCACAGCCAAGUUACCCUCGCCGCAGGUCUCAGGUCCAACUGGCGCCGCGGCGCCGCGCCACGAGUGUGGCGGCCGUUUAUUCCAGCGCGGCCCGGCGCCGGAGCUCCGUGACCUCUCCACGGCGGCGUGUCCAAACAAGCAACACUGACCUACGAAGGAGGCGGACCACCCCCGAGGUGGCCUAUGGCUAUACAGGAAGAAAUGAUUUAAUGCAUACACACAACGGAUAUUUGCCAUACUCCACAAACUAUGGCUACACCAGCUACAACUCUAUUCCUCCAAACUAUCGUGCCACUGUUUCAAUGUACAAUGGCGGAUCCUCCACGGGAAGCUUCGCCUCUGGUGCAUUUGUUGGUGCAGGCUCCAUGUACGCGUACAACAGCAUCUAUGGUGAUUCCAUGCAUCGACGACGCCGCACGACUGGAUGGGAAGAUGCCAUCUAUUGCAUCGUCUUGGCGGAAGGUGCCAACCACGGAGCCUUCAUGGAGUGCGGAAAUUGCUAUUACUACUAUGGUUAUGCUGAUUGCACGAAAGCAAAUUCAUGCAAUUCCGCGCUGGGAUGCAAGUAUACCACGAGUCAAAGCUAUACGCGGGAUGAUCUCUCAUCGACGGGCUUUGUGCCAGCACACUGGACGCCUCCAUUCAACGUGACCAUCCUUGAGAUUUCUGGUCCAGGCAUCAACACAGAUCCUUUGUCUGGGUCUACUUGCCCUCCUGUUACUGCGGCGCAGGCUGAGUACAUGGAACAAUUCAACAAGACGAUGUCCUUCAAGCCAGAACUCUUUUUGGUCUUGAACAAGCAGCAGGUUCCGUUGGAGCCAAGUGCCGUGGAAUGGUGUCAGGCCAACAAUCCCAAUAACAUUACCAAAGAGGACUUUGCCCGAGGAAUUCCUGCUGGCCCUGCAUGGAGCUUACGCGAAUCUCAGCAUGUUCAGUGGAAAGGCACAGAGGCUUCUCAUGCUGGCCUCACUGCAGACGAUGCUUGCUUUGGAAGUGAGACAGGCGCCUGUGGGCUUCAUGCGUUGCAAGUUGGAUUGCAGACCAUCAGCCCUAAGAGCGAUCGGGAGAAAGUCAUCACGAUCGGUCUGAGUGGUGAACCCCAGAGCCAUAUGCAGAUGGUGAUGGAACCUGACCGCCAAACAUUCGACUUCCGGCACUUCCACCCAUUACACCUGGGCCACAUGGCUCGGAAGGUCUUUCAUGAUGCUCUCCACUGGCAACCACUGAAAGGACUUUCAGGAUUCUAUCAAGUGGGUGCGUUCAGCCAGGUGCCUUUGGAUGCGCUGGUUGUGGCUAAAACCUAUCCUCAGCCAGAGAACAUGACCAUCGACGCCUGGCUUCGAGAUGUGUGGGCACAAACCCUGGCUGCAAGUCCAAAAAUGCGGGCAGAAGAGAGUUAUAGGCAGAAGGUCCUGAUCAUGGGAUUCAUCGCCCUCACGAUUUUGCCAUUGCUGGUGGUGCAGAUUGAGCGGCGUUCCAAAGCUUCACAGCCUUUUGAGACUAGACCUCAAACCAGCAUGAAGAUCACCCAGAAGGAGCUGGAGGAACACUGCACGACUUCUUCAUUGUGGGUUUCCAUUGGUGGUGUUGUCUGUGACGUCACAGACUUCCUGAUGCUUCACCCGGGCGGAAACGAGGUCCUCUUGCAGUAUGGCGGGCAGGAAGCCGCAGAAGCCUUUGAAGAGGUUGGCCACUCCGACUUCGCUCGACAGAUGGUUCAAGAGAAGGCCAUUGGAGUGCUGGUUGAUGGCAAUUCCUCUUUGCGAAGUGGUGCUGGGACAUCUUUGCUGGGUCGGCUGUUCACCAAAGAGGAUGGCUUCAACAUCCACAAAACGCUGGGCAUCAGCGUCCUUGUGCACGUGCUUUAUAGGGCCUAUGCCCAGCUGGCGAGAAUUCCGGACGCAGGCUUUACCAGCGGGUAUGGCUCACUUGCACUUUGUUGGUUAAGUAUUGCGCUACAGUCGACGUCCUACUUCUUCGAGGUGCCGCGUGCACGUUUGUUGGGCAGCCCAAUGAUUUGGCAAGAAUGGCGAGCACACAAUUUCAUUUUUGUGUCAAGGCAUGUUGCCGCCUUUACUAUUUGCUGGGCCUAUUUGCGCUGGGUAAAUACGAGCAAUCAGAUCGCUUCAACGAUGCUAGAUUUCUCAAUGUUUGCAGUGCUCUAUAUUCAGCUUUAUUCGGUGGACGUGGUCACUGCAUACAUCCGAGAGGACAAACAUACAUCAUUGACAGCAAGUUGGCCAUUCUGGGAUGGCUGCCCGAUUUGGCUGGAAAAGACCAUUAAGUGGUACUACACCAUCGCUCAAUUUCAGGCAAGCACCCUUUUGAUCAUGACUGGCAAUGACCUGUUCGGCAAGUACAUGGUGAUUUUCCCCUUCCAGUUUGCUUCCUUUCUGAUGACCUUGGUCAGAAAGGGCAUCAUCACCACCAAAGGAUUUCACGCUGGGUAUCUUUGGAGCUUGUGGAUGGUGGUUUGGCUGAUUCUAGAUGCUGAUUGGAGAACGACCAUCGGAUCUUGGCUCCUGUGGAUUCUGCUCUACUUCUUCCGCUCCAAUGGCCUAUCAAAGUAUGCACUGUGGUUGGGACCUUUUGUCCCGAAGAUCCUGAUCUAUGUUGAGGUUUUGCCUGACAUAGACGUCUUGCAAUUUCCAGUCAUGUUGAUCACCUGGUUGGUUUGCAUCACCAUCCAAAAGAUUUGCAUGGGCUUCAUGACGGAGACUCGGGCUCGACGCUUCUUAGAAGCCCGCCGGAAGCCUUUGAAGCUGGUGGCCAAGGAGAAGGUCAAUGAUGCGUUCUUCUUGCUGAAGUUUGAGAUCCCGGCUGGCUAUACGGCUGGGAUUAAUCCUGGACAACACGUAAAAGUCCAUGUGGAGAACAUUUCCAAGAACGCGCAAACAUGGAACAAGUCUGUGAACUUGGAGGAACCCGUCGAAGAGCUGAGUCGAUCCUACACUCCAGUGUCUGCAUCGACAUCCCCGACCAUGGAUCUCAUGAUUCGCCAAUACCCGAAGGAACCUGAUCGAGGCUUCCCUGAUGGAGGCCGUGCGAGCACUUUCUUGAUCGAGAAGCUGGACAUUGGGCAGAAGAUGUUCCUGACUGGCCCUCACGGACACCAGCUCUACUUUGGGCAGGGUCGCUUUUUGGUGGGCAAGAGCGUGAUCACGGCACGAGCUUGUGGUGCCAUUGCUGGCGGCUCUGGCAUUACGCCGGUGCUGAGCACGUUGCGGGAUAUUUGGCAGGAGGGUCGGCGUGAUAUCCGUGAUCGAGAUCAAAGAAUCAUGGGGGAGCAAGCAGUGAGGAUGGACGAGUUUGCCGUGCUCCAUGUGACUCGCAAAGCAUCAGAAGCAUUGCCAGCAUCAUGGUAUCAAUCAGCAAAGGGCGCCACAGAUGCGACACCCAUUCGGGUCUCGCAUGUGGUGACUGGAGACGGUGCCAAGGCAGAAGUUGCAGGAGUGAAGAAGUGCUGGUCUGGCAAGUUGACUGUGGAGAUGGUUCAGCAGUCGCUGCCAGCUCCGGCAGAUGAUGUGGUGAUUUUUGUUUGUGGUCCACAGGGCUUCAAUGAAUCGUUGUGCCGACCAAUGCUGCAAAAGCUUGGCUAUUUGCAUGUAGUGAUGCUCCAAUGA